AUAAAUAAUUGCGUGUCGUUUAUAUAAACGUAUACCAUCGCAUAUGGUUCACUUCACGCAGAUCAGAAACCCAUACCCCGACGAUCCCAUUCAUUCAUUUCUUUGUUUUUAAUUAAGUUUUUGCUUCAAUCGAUAGCAUGCCGGAUCAGGAUGCCAUAGUUCUCUACCCCUCUCCAGGCUGGGGUCACCUAAUCCCCAUGGUAGAGCUUGGGAAGCUCAUACUCCAACACCACCCUUCAUUUUCCAUCAUUGUCAUCGUCUACCACACUCAAAACAUGGCUACCCCUGCUUCCGCCGCCCAAUACGUGACUGCCAUCAACGCCACCUCCCCCUCCAUCACCUUCCACCACCUCCCACCCGUCUCCAACAUCCCCCCACCUUCUACUACUUCUUCCCCCGUAGAGAACAUGACCUUCUUACUCCCACUCCUCAACAACACUAAUCUUCACCAAGCCCUCCGAACCAUCUCCCAGACCUCCAACCUCAAAGCCUUUAUCAUUGAUUUCUUCUGCGAUGCUGCUUUCCAAGUGGCAGCAAACCUUUGCAUCCCCACAUACUAUUUCAUUACCUGUAGCGCACUCGCUUUAGUCUUGGCUCUAUGCAACCCCACCCACCAUAAAAGUAUGGAUAAAAGCUCGAAAGGUCUCGACCUCAUGCUCGUUGAUAUUACAGGUUUACCUUUAAUCCCAGCUUCAGACUUGCCGAGACUCGCUACAGAUCGUGGUUCUCAAGCGUAUCAGUUUUUCUUAAACAGCGGAAUCAACAUGGCCAGAGCAAAUGGACUCAUCGUAAACUCAUUCGAACAGCUCGAAAGAAAAGCUAUCAAGGCCAUAUCUGAUGGACUCUGUGUGGCAGAUGGAUCGACACCGCCAGUAUUCGGCAUUGGUCCUUUGAUAUCGUCAGGCAAAUAUCAAGGACCUGAGAAUGAACAGCAUGAUCAGUGUAUGAAUUGGCUAAACUCGCAACCGAGUCAGAGCGUUGUGUUUCUGUGCUUUGGAAGCAUGGGAUUGUUUUCGGCAGAACAGUUGAAAGAAAUAGCAGUAGGAUUAGAAAACAGUGGCCAAAGGUUCUUGUGGGUGGUGAGAAAUCCACCACCAGAUAACGACAAAGAACCAAAGUUGGAUGAAUUAUUACCGAAAGGUUUCUCGGAAAGGACCAAGGAUAGGGGUUUCGUGAUGAAACAAUGGGCUCCGCAGAUGGAGGUUCUGAGUCACGACUCAGUGGGCGGGUUCGUGACACACUGCGGGUGGAACUCAGUGCUUGAAGCGGUGUGCGGCGGGGUGCCGAUGAUUGGGUGGCCUCUAUUUGCGGAGCAAAGGAUGAACAGGGUGAUAAUGGUGAAGGAAUUGAAGGUGGCGUUGGCGGUGAACGAGUCGGAAAACGGGUGGGUGAGUGGGGAGGAGUUGGAGAAGCGGGUGAGGGAAUUAAUGGAGUCGGAGGAAGGGAAGGAGGUGAGAAAGAGGUCGUCGGCCAUGAGAGAUGCUGCUGCCAAAGCUAUGAGAAAGGGUGGGACCUCUCAUAAUGACUUUGAGAAGUUAGUUGCGCUGUUGCUUUCGUAAGACUAGUCGUCGUAAUAAAAGUUCACGUGACAUAUUUGUCCACGGCUGUUAUAGAUAUAAGCCGAAUUGAGCUUUUGGAUUAUCGAGUCGAAUCGGAUUCAAAUAAUUCAAGUGCGAGUUUAAGUUUAAGUUAAGAACUCGCCAAAUCAAACUGAAUUUGAGCGGAUCAAACACGAGUUUUCGAGUCGAGUCGAAUUAUUUAUUAAUAUAUUUUUAUAUUCAUUAACGAGCUUUAAUAGAAUCCAAUCGAGUUAAG